GACGGCUUGGGAAGCCCGUCAAUUACGUCGAGUCUGCAUUUCAUGCCUCUUACGAUGAACGACUUCCGGAAGAAAUUGAAACUUUUCGAAUCUUGCCGUCAUCUUUGCACCACCCAGCCCCCUUCCGCUGAUGCCCGGGCCACAACGAACAGCUGUAUGGAACGGCCCCGCCCAUCGCAGGAACCCAUCCGCUGCUUCAACUGCUCCCGAUUCGGACACCUUCAGAACGCGUGCCCGCGACCUAAGCGCCCACCCGGCGGAUGUUUUCGUUGUUUCCAGACUGGACACGUCUACCGUAACUGCCCUGAACGUCGGGCCAACGCCACUGUCGAGGGCAAUACUAGUUCGGACGAAGCUCUCGCCACAAAUCAAGAGGAAGUCCUGUGAGCUUCAUUAGCGACACGAUAGUACCAGUUAAGAUGCUAGGACCUCUUUCCGCUACCGAAUACUGCACUAUGAUUAAGGGACCACUUUACUCUCGAGGAAAAAUCGAUUGUACUAUCCGAUUUAAGAAUCAUUCCGUUCGACACUCUUUUAUUAUAUUACCUGGAAUUGCGUGGCCAGUCAUUAUCGGUCGCGAUUUACUGAACUCACUUAAUAUUUUUCUUACGUAUUCAUCUCUUACAACUUCAUGUAUUACUAAACCUCUAUCGACGGAACUUAAAGAAGUAGAUACGAUUCUUCCAGAAAAAUUAGACGAUGCUAUUAGGAGUAUUUGUGCGCUCGAU